AGUGCGUACAUGAAUCUUAUGUCUACACGGUAACCACAAUCUGCCUGCCAUCGGAGGACACAUAUCAAUAGGCUCAGUGAAUGUAUCGACAAUUCUGAUUAAUGCCACCUGGAACCAUGUCCCUAGCACGGACCGUCGACACUGUGGUGCGAGCACUGCUGACAGUGAUUGGCCUGGUGAUGAAGCCCAUUCUUGCUGUUGUGUUUAGUGUCAUUUAUGACUGGAGAUCAGCAAAAGUUCCACCAGUGCAGGAGGAUUUAUGUCUAAAGAGUGCCACAGAACUGGCAAAACUCAUCAGGACUAGAAAGGUUAAAGCUGUUGAUGUGAUGGAGGCCUUCAUCAAUCGGGUAGGAAUAGUCAAUCCAAUGGUGAAUGCAGUCACUGCCACCAGGUAUGAGGCGGCCAUCCUAGAGGCAGAGGAGGUGGACACGAAACUGGACAGUGGGCAUUUAGAUAGUCAAUACUCCCAGGAAAAUGCCCCAUUUCUUGGGGUCCCCACAUCUGUUAAAGAAGCUUUUGCUCUCAAAGGUUUACGACAUGCUUCUGGACUAGUGAAGCGUAAAAACAAGAUAGCCACCUUUGAUGCUGAGGUGGUUGCUCGCCUAAAGAAGGCAGGGGCCAUUCCAUACAUUCUCACAAAUGUUAGUGAGCUUUGUAUGUGGUAUGAGUCGGCCAACUAUCUCAAUGGUCGCACAUGUAAUGCCUACGAUACCUCUAGGAUAGUAGGGGGCAGCUCAGGUGGUGAAGCCUGCAUAAUAUCCACAGCUGGAGCAGUGAUGGGUGUUGGAUCAGACAUAGGGGGCAGUAUCAGGAUGCCCGCCUUCUUUAAUGGUGUGUUUGGACACAAAGCUUCUCGAGGUUUGGUGCCAAAUGAAGGACAAUACCCGAUUGCCACAGGUGGGGAGAGAGCUCUUCUUAGCACAGGCCCUUUGUGUCGUUAUGCUGAGGACAUCCUUCCACUCCUCAAGGUGUUUGCUGGACCCGAGUCGUCACACAAGGCUAAACUCGAUGACCAGGUGGACCUGAGUAAGUUAAAGAUCUACAGUAUGUUGGACGAUGGAGGAAGCCUAUUUGUCAGCCCAGUAGAUAAACAACUGAAAGAAGCUCAGUGCAAGGUGGAGAAGUACCUGGAGGAAAAGCUAAAAUUGAAAGUGGAGAGAGUAAAUAUACACCGAAUGAGGUACGGUCUGGAAGUAUGGACUGCAAAGAUGAACUCAGGAGGAGGCAAAAAGUUUGCGGAGUUCAUGAGUGACGAUAAUGGCCGUGUAAACUGUGUGGUGGAGCUACUAAAGUGGCUGGUAGGCUGCUCCCAACACACACUGCCUGCCAUAAGUCUGGGGAUCGUCGAGAGUUUCUCUAUGCCCGAGACAGACAAGAAAUUCCUCAAAGUUUUUGACAAGUUAGAAUUGGAUAUAACCAAACUGCUAGCUAACGAUGGAAUUCUGCUAUACCCAAGCCAUCCCAAACUUGCUCCAUAUCAUAACGAACCCAUACUCUACCCUUUUAACUUUGCAUACACAGGUGUGUUCAAUACUCUUGGUCUGCCGGUGACCCAGUGCCCUCUAGGGCUGAGCAAGGACGGCCAUCCUCUAGGUUUACAAGUGGUGACUGGUAUGAAUAAUGACAGGUUCACAAUAGCAUUGGCAAGGGAGAUAGAGAAGGGCUUUGGCGGUUGGGUGAAACCAUAAAGUUAUAUUUUAUAAGUGUCCCACCUAUACUACUAGAAACCCGUCCAUCGGUCAAUAAUUUCUGGGAAACAUCAAAUAUUUUGUUCUCAAAUAUUUUUGUAAUCAUACUGAAAUUGGGUUUGUGUCCCACUAUUAACCCUUUCACCCCUAUGUAACUUUAGUAGACUCUACCAUGCAUUGGUCUGGAUGAGUCCAUUAUGGUCUACAGUGGUGAAAGGGUUAUUCAGAGUUAUGGGUUUUUGUUCAUACGAAAGGUAUGGCUGGAGGUGGGGGACUAUGGGUUGAUUAGUCUGCCAGAUUCCAACCACAUUUAGAUUUACAUCUGUACUGAACGAGUAGGCCUUCAAACAAAAACUUGUUCAGAACAACUUAAGGGAUUUUGACGAAAGUUGAUAGAAAGUAUCCCAAUACCAAAAUGAUUCAUUGCUACAGAUGAAGGAAUUUUAACCUUAUUUCAGAUGGAAGAUCCCUUGAUCCGAUUCAAUACUGUGUAAAUGAAAGGUAUGGUUCGUUUAGCCAAAAUGGGAAAAUAGUGCAAAUGGCUAUGCUUGCCCCUGGUUCAUUAAAAUAUUUACAACAAUGUAAUAAGAAGUUCAACCAGACUCAUUCUGCAUAAACUUUGUAUAGUCCUGAACAUAUACAGGAGCUGUAAUUUGUUGGUUGAUUGAAAAUCCAAAAUCACCAUCUUGUCUUCUGACUGGUUGAGACAUAUUUACUAACUUUGAAGUUAAACAUGUCAAUUUCAGUCAAAUUUUGUGCAGAUAUAUCUCUUACUGCCCUGAGCAAUUGUUAUAUUUCAAAUGUUUAGUUCCAUAUGAAAUCUAAGAUAGCCACUAUGGUCACAAUUUUCAGAAACAUUUCCAACUUUUUUGUUCAGAUAGCAAGUAAAAACAGGAAAGAAAUACAGGUCUCAUGGGCAUCCUGAUCAUAUAUUCCAAAUGUGAAUACUUAAGUUUGCAAUUGUGAUAAUGUUUUACAGAUUAAAUGUGUUAUAUGGGUCUUAUUGUUACAUCAUAUUAUAUAAGCUACAAAUAGAUAUGACAUGAUUUAGUAUUUUUGAAAUCCAAAUGCUAUAUCUAAUAUUUUAUUACCAUUGCUGUAGGGAAACAUGAGAACUGAAGUAAUCAGGAGAUGGCGAACUAUUGGAUUGAUUGCAAUUAAAGUCUGUCAUGUUCAGGUGUCUGUUUCAGUUAUAUUUAAAAGAUGCUAGAGAAGUGUGUUCAAUAUCAUAAGAGUUUUGAAGGCAGAUUAACGUUUUUAAGAAAAUUGUCAUGCACUUAUUAUGCUCUGUAUGAAUACAAGUGUAUCUUUAUAUUAAGACCUAAGUUGUUUUAAAAUAAAUCAGUAAUAUAAAACACUACAGAAAGUUUUUUUACAGAAAGGUUUUUUCAUCUUUAAGUUUUUUGGACAGAAUAAUGAAAAACACUGAUUUAACAAAAACCUUGUUAGAAUCAGCAGAGCUCAGUUGGCUACCAUUUAGACUGCUGCUAUUUAUAUAUCAGCAUUUCUGUCAAUACAUUAUUACAUAAAAGGACAUUUGAUUGAUUUUUUCAGACCCUGAUUUCAAGCCUGUGAUAUUUUAUAUGCUGCUGACUGUAACUUCAUGGUAUAUAGGUAUUUCUUACAGAUUUAUGUUUUUUUAUGUUUUUGCUUUAUAAAAAAGAAUGUGAUGCAUUCAUCUAUAUUGCUUUACUGCAGUAUUAGGUAUAUUAGAGUCAGAGAUUUUAAUUCUUUCUGGUCACUUCAAGCUAUUUUAUUUACCUCAUCUUCACUUGAAAAAAUAUAUGUAAUGUAAGAAAUUAUUCUACAGUGUAUGUUUACUAUAUUGAUCUCAAGGUAAGAACCUGUUGUAACUGCUAACACUUGUUUUUGUCAUUUUGUUGUACAUGUCGCAUCAUAAAAUAAGAUUAAAAAAAUGUUCGAAAUAUUUCUUAGAAUUUUUCCAUUUUCAUUUAGUAUGAAAAGAAAAGAAAAUGUAAAAAAAUGUGUUCAUAGAACUAUUUUCACAGAAUCAAAUUUUGACUGUUUCCUAGUAAAAGACAUCAGAGUUUUCUUGUCUGAAGUUGAAGCAAGGUGUUUGCUUCACUUUAUGUAUGAUUGAAUGAGGUAAAAGGAGAUGUGAUUCUAGGAAUUUCAUUUGAAGUCCACACUAUGUGGUAUAGGACAAGUUGAUCGAGUGUAAUGAUAGACAAUCUAUAUAUAUAUAUAUAUAUAUGUGUGUGUGUGUGUGGCACAUUAUCAAAGAUCCAUGUCAUAGUAAUGUACAAUUGUACUUAGCAUACUUGCCAAUUUACCUAUUUAGGAGAGAGACUACUGAUUUUGGACCUUUGAAUUUAAUGUUUCCAACCAGUGAAUUUCUAUAUUCUAAGGUCUAAUGAUUUCAUCUGAGAGAACAACUCAAAAUAUGUCAUAUUAAACUUGUAUUGUGUCUCUAGGGGGUAUAUACACACGUUAAUAAUGUUUUUAAUUUUGAGCACAUGGAUUCUCCUCAUGGAAAUUUUAAAAGAUUGGCAAGCAUAACCUAGUACACAAUGCCUUAUUUUACAUUCCGUACUGUAUAGUGACUUCCUUGUCGGUAUACUACAUUUGUUCAUUAUAGGCCUAGGGAAUGUGGUGCUUUAAUGAUAUAUUGUCUAUAUAUAAAGGUAUUUCAUCAUUCAUGACGAUCCUCUUUGUUUGUUAAUAGGUGUAAAUAUGUAUUACAUUUGCCUGGUUACAUCCUAUAAACUAUUCUGAUAUGAACAUAUAUAGCUAUAUUGAAGCUACACAUUUCAUUUCGUGUAUAUAUAUUUAGAUUGUAAGGGAACAUUUCACUCCACCAAGGUCUAGUUUAAAUAGUUACUGAUUUAACGGCUUUGGUAUGUUUUGUUUUUUAAACAUUCCACUCGAUGGGUCUUAACAUUAAUCAAAAUAAUAUUUCGGUGUAAGAUGGUUGAGUAAGGUAAUAUACAGGUCAUGAGUUGAUGAGCAGUCUUUAGUUCUAUAUAUGUACACCUAACCUGUGCUUUCACCUUUAUGUUACAAAGACAUUUAGAGGUAUAUGUUAUGUACAUUCCAAAAGUGUUAUUUUGUUUCUUGUUUUCGGCUUGUUUAAGGACCAUCACUGUUUAAGUUGUUCAAAGUCAACGACAGGCAGUAAUAAUAGACGUCUACUACAAUACAUAAACCUUUAUGAAACGUGUGCUGUAAGUUUGUUUACUAGUCAAUGGAGCACUUUCUAAUACUGUUCACAAGAAUCAAUAGAGCCAAACCCGCUUGAUAUUAUUCACAAUAUGCAAUUAAUGGAAAUAUAGCGAAAACAAAAAGUGAAAUUUCAGUAAAAGUAAAGGGACCAAAGAGAUUAUGCUUAUUGGAUCAGGUCUGUCAAAUAGGGAGAUAUUUGUACAGGAUAUUAAGGACUUCUACCCGACCCAUGAGUACAACACAUUAUCACUCUUUCACAAAUAUGAUAUUUCCCAUACAUUUAUCAUUUCUUGUUGGGGUUUCUCAGUAUCGCUAUUUACAUGUGUGGCGCAUGUAUUUUGGGUUUUUGGUGAAAUGCCUGGAUGUGAUGCGAAUUGAGAGACGGGACACAAGUAUGUGCUUUUUUCUCAAAUAUCUACUUUAUAUCCAACUGCAUGUUAAUACAAAUUUAUAUAUGAAUAUUUCUGUCUAAUUCUAUUGAUCAUACCCUAUACAUAUUGAUGUCUGAUUCCACUAGUCAUACUCUUUAAUCAUUCUACGUAUAUUAUACACUCCCAAUUCUCUCAAUCCAUACUCUGUAGAUAUUCACAUCUGACUUCUAAUCAUACUUUCUAUAUAAAUAUUGACUAAUGAUUCUAUCAGUCAAUAUCGUACUGGUCUAUUGACUUUUGAUUCUAUCAGUCAAUAUCGUAUUGGUCUAUUGACUUUUGAUUCUAUCAAUCAUUCUUCAUAGAAAGACUAACUUCCGAUUAGUUGAUGUUUGAAUGCAGUUUUGGACACAAAGUAUGCAUACCAUUACUGUUCAGGGUAAUAGUUUUACUGAUACCAUUACUGUUCAGGGUAAUAGUUUUACUGAUACCAUUACUGCUCAGAGUAAUAGUUUUAGUGAUGAACUCAUUACACUGAUACUUUAUAUUAUGUUUUAUCUUAUCGUGUGGCUGAUGAUAUGUGUUAGGUAUAGUCGUGUAUGAUUUAAGAAUUACCAAAUUGAACGGACCAUGUGGGAAAAUGACGGGGCAAAAUAUAUGAAUAACUAGUAAGCAAGAUGGUAUUGUUUUCUGUGAUAAUGUACGGAACAAAUAUUGUUAUUAUUUUCCUUUGCCUUCUUAUUUUUGUUUUAUUUAAUGUUUCAGUCACUUAUGUAAUAUGUUGUUUCGUGAAACAACUUUGUCAAUUUUACUGAAUAAAAUGAAAAACAAAUUGCC